GGUCAUAGAGUUCUAAUAUGUCGUAGUGUGCGGUGGCUUGGAGAAAACAUAGUGCUAUCAUUUCAGAUGUCUUUUCAACGUAAAGCAAAGAUUCAACGACAACGACUAUGCAUCAAAGUCCAUCUGAAUGUCCAUGAUGUAGAAUUAACCAGCUCAUGAAUAUACAGAAAGGACGAAAAAAGAAGAUAGCAAUCAUGCAACAUGUUACCAAUGGAUGGAAUCCGGGGAUGACCUCUCGAAAAUACAAUGAAGGUCUGUCAUUCGACCUCACCUUCCGUGAUCUCAGUUACGUUGCAGGAAAAGGGAAUGAAGUUAAACCUAUUUUGCACGAUGUAAGCGGUGCCUUCAAGUCUGGGAAGUUGACUGCCAUUCUAGGACCUUCGGGAGCGGGAAAAACUUCACUUAUGAAUAUUUUAGCUGGAUUAAAAAAAAGUGGUAUGACAGGGCGAGUCGAUGUGAAUGGUGCUAAACGUAAAUUCAAACAAUUCCGCAAACAGUCGGCGUAUGUUACGCAAGACGAUCAUUUAUUGCUCAACCUAACGAUUGACGAGUACAUGACAGCCGCAGCUCACUUAAAAUUAGGAAAUAACAUCUCCGACAAGGAAAAAAAAUCCACGAUAGAAUUGAUUCUAAAGACAUUAGGAUUAAGCAAUAGCAAGCAAACAAGGGUUUCUUGCUUAUCAGGUGGCGAAUGCAAACGACUUUCCAUUGGACUGGAAUUAAUCGACAACCCAGCCAUCUUAUUUUUGGAUGAACCAACCAGUGGUUUGGACAGCUCCUCGAGUAUGCAAUGCAUCGCGCUGCUGCGGGACAUCGCCAGAAGCGGCCGUACGGUGGUGACUACUAUUCAUCAACCAAGUACGCGGUUAUUGGACCAAUUUGAUCACCUGUACAUCGUAGCUGGAGGGCGUUGUAUGUACCAAGGACCUGUCGAUUCUUUGAUCCCCUAUCUCCAGACAAUGAAUUUGCACUGCCCGAGUUACCACAAUCCUGCAGACUUUGCCAUCGAUGUCGCUUCUGGAGAAUAUGGUGAUGUCCUACCUAGACUGAUCGAUGGUAUUGAAAACGGGCGUCGCAUAUACCAGGAAAAUUCUGUAACGUCGCCAGCCACGCCUUCACUUAGCCAUGACACUGGAUUUUAUGAAGACGAUGAAAUGGAUCUUAUGUUAGACGGGUUUUCGACGAAAAAGGAAAGAAAGAAAUACGAACAUCUAUACGGUGCGCCUUUUCAUACUCAGGUAGCUGUUCUUCUCGGGCGAACUUGGCGUACUAUUUGGAGAGAAAAGAUUUUAACGACCAUGCGUCUUACACUACACGUUUGCAUUUCAAUCCUGAUGGGCUUACUGUAUUGGCAGAUCGGGGAUGACGCCCAUGCCGUAUACAAUAAUGCUGGCAUGCUUUUCUUCAGUCUUAUCUUUAUUCUAUACGCCGCUAUGAUGCCCACUUUUCUAACAUUUACCUUGGAAAGAAAGGUAUUGAUUAGAGAACAUCUAAAUCAAUGGUACAGCCUGAAAGCAUACUAUUUGGCGAAGACAUUGGCUGACAUUCCAUUUCAGAUAGUAUAUCCUACUAUUUAUGUGAUACCUCUUUAUUUCAUGAGUAACCAGCCAAUGUGCGUAGAUCGGUUCUUUAUGCUGCUGACUAUCAUCAUUUGCAUGGCUCUUGUGGGACAAGGUAUCGGACUGUUUUUCGGUGCUGCCUUUGACAUCCCAAUAGCUUCAUAUUUUGCUCCCAUCAGUUGCAUUCCAUUUUUACUGGUGUCGGGAUUUAUGAUUCAAGUUAAUGCUAUUCCGCCUUAUCUAAGCUGGAUAGCAUACGCGAGUUUCCUCCAUUACAGUUUCGAAGGUUCCAUGUUAUCCCUCUACGGUGGCGAUCAUCCGCCUCUCUCCUGUUUUGAAGAUUACUGUCAUUUUCGGUACCCAAUCAAGUUCUUGCAACAAUUCCAAUUGACUGACAGCUCUUAUUACUUGUCGGUGAUCGGUAUGGUAGUGAGUUUUAUUGUGAUACGAGUGGCUGGCUAUUUUGCAUUGCGAUUCAAACUGAGGCAUAUACGUUGAACUGAUUUUAUUUUACGCUUUUAUUAUAGGAAAACAAUAAAAUAAAAU